AUGGGCUCACUCGCCAGCUUUCUCGUCAUCUACGUGCUUGGGGGUCUGACCUUCGUCCCACUCAUCCUCUUCUCAAUAUUUGUAUACAUCUACCUAACUCUCCCGACCGCCCCGACUGCCUGCACUCCAUACGCCCGUGAUGAGGUCCAACGACCCGACGAUGACGAGUAUAGCCUGAAAUCCGGUACGGGGACCGAUCAACUGGCGGAGAAAUUCCAUCGCACGCACGAAUCCGAUGUCGCUGCUGGAUACUUUGCCGUAUGCCGUGAAUAUGUGCCCGGUGGUGUCAAUGGGAAGCCCCCAGAGAGGACGACCCCCGCCGGCGAGGUCGUUGCGACGGAGAGUCCCAGCGUCUAUCAGGCGAUGUACCGGAGCUUGUUUGAUCGAAAGCAGACGCCCAGUAUCGAGCCCGCGAAGACGAAUGGGAAGAAUGCGAAACGGGCGCGGAAUGUCUUUUACAUUGUCCUCCGACAUGGCCACCUGAUGCUCUACGACGAUGUUAACCAGGUAGAAGUUCGCUAUGUCAUCUCUCUUGCUCACCACGAUGUGACUAUUCAUGGGGGCGAAGGAGAUAUCCCCGAAGGUGAACUGUGGCUCAAAAGGAACGCCAUUUGUUUGUCGCGGCGACUGGAUUCGCUGGCAGAUCUCGGUGGACCUACGCCCCCGUUCUACAUGUUCUCUGAAAACUUGUCGGAGAAGGAAGACUUUUAUUUCGCUAUGCUUCACAAUCAAUCGAAGAUGUGGAAGUCGAAGGAUAGACCUCCGAAACAACAAGACUUUGACGUGAAGCACAUUGUCUCUUUGGUGCAACGACUCCACUCUUCUGAAGAGCAGCUUCAAACGCGUUGGAUCAAUGCAUUCUUUGGGCGCCUUUUUCUCGCCUUGUAUCGCACGCCCGAGAUGGAGCAAUUCAUUCGAAACAAGAUCACUAAGAAAAUCUCGCGCGUCAACAAACCGAACUUCAUUAGCAAAAUUGGGUUGCAGAGAAUCGAUAUGGGUGAAGGCGCCCCGUUCAUAACUAAUCCCCGAUUGAAAGAUCUGACUGUCGACGGCAACUGCUGUGUGGAGAUGGAUGUCCAAUACACGGGAAAUUUCCGGGUUGAGAUAUCAGCCACGGUACGCAUUGAUCUCGGACAGCGUUUCAAAGCAAGAGAAGUCGAUAUCGUAUUGGCAGUCGUGCUGAAGAAACUCGAGGGCCAUUUGCUGGUCCGCUUCAAGCCCCCUCCCAGUAAUCGAUUCUGGAUGUCUUUUGAAACCAUGCCGAGGAUCAUGAUGGAUAUCGAGCCUAUUGUUAGUUCGAAGCAGAUCACUUUCAGCCCUAUUCUACGCACCAUCGAAAGUAAGAUCCGCGAGGUGGUGGCAGAGAGUAUCGUGCUGCCAUUCUGGGACGACGUGCCUUUCCACGAAACUGUUGGCCAGGCUUUCCGUGGUGGUAUCUGGCAGCGAGACGAGCCUGAAGUGGACACUACUCAGGUGGAGAUACCUGAUGAGUCCGGUGCUCCUCCACCCACGAAAGAUGCCCCGGAGCAUUCAAUCGAUGUCCUGAAGUCCAAAGAUGAUCGAACAAUGAGCAUGCCUGUUCUUCCCAAGUCCCCCGAUGCCGGCGUGAAGGCACGCAAAGGCCCGAAAUCAUUCGUCUUCCCUUCGCAGCCUGGAAGCCCGGCAGCGUCGUCGACAAGCUUCGAUAGGGCAGAUAUCAAGCCAUUUCACCGUUCAAUGCGCUCACAAACAUUCUCCCAGGCAGCAGACCCAGUUGUGACUGCAGAUAAUGCCAAAGUCAACAAAGUUGGCACCGGUCAGAAAGACAACGAGAAGAGUAGUGCAACGAGUGCAAUGAUCGAAAUAUCAAAUCGCUCACCACCUGCUUCUCCACAUCGCACCCCAAGCAACUCACCACCCACCGGAGGACUUAUGUUGCCCCAGAGCGCAGUUCACAGCCGUGAGCCAUCCAUUGCAGAGUCUCUCGAUGGCGCGAGCUUCACCAGCGAUAAUGUUAUCACCAGCCCCUCUUCUGCUCGCCUCGACGCCAGCUCCUAUUCCAGUACCCGGAGCUCGCGUGGAAGCUCCACCACUUCAAUCAACACCUCGGUUGCUAGCGAGCAACCCCGUCGUCGAAGCACGAUCGAGUCCUUAGCCCGCACCUUUAAUUCAGUCUCGUCUUCCGACGACAAGGCCAUUGGGAAUCUCACCCUCGGAUCAGCCACUGCGGCCGCAAAGAAAUGGAGCUGGAGUGUAUUUGGCAAAGGGGAGAUGAACGAGGAUCGGGAGGCGUCCCAGCCCCCGGCACGCCCACUCGAUGAGCCCAUUGGACGUGGCCAUCCGCAUCCUCCCCCGGGAGCACCUCUACCCCGGCCCGACAAGUAUGCUCUGAAGAGAAACUCGGGAACACUGCCCAAGCGCAAGCCUGUCGGGGUGCCCAAUCCAAUUCAACGACCCAUGGCCGCUGAUACACCAAGCGUUCGACCUACAUCUUUGCCUCGCAGGAAACCAAUUCCAUCAGCGAUGCGUAGGAGCGGCGGCGGCGGCACCGACGAACUACUUGUAGUUGAAGCGCCCAAUGACUCGACACCCAAUAGUCCCGCCGACGCAGAUUUAGAUCUAGAGGAGAGUCUGGCAGAGCCCAUACUCCUUGAGAAUGACGUUUCUCCUGCAGAUACUGAUGUCGCCAGCGUGUCGCAGUCAUGGGAAGAUGAGGAAACCCCGGAUUCCCAAUCUCAACACUCUGUAGAUCAGAGACCGACUUUGGAAUCAGGCAACAGCGAGGGAAUCCCGUCUCUCAAGUCGGUAGAAGUCCCGGCCGCAUCACCCUGA